GUGUGAGUGAAUUGUGUGUGAGUGUGCCCCGUGAUGGGUUGGUGCCCCAUCCUGGGUUAUUCCUUGUCUUGUGCCCGUAACCUCUGGGAUUGGCUCCAGACCCCCCACGACCUUGAACGGGACAACAAAAUGGCUGGAUAGAUGGAAGUUGGAGAGUAAUAAUAAUUUACUCCGCCUGUGUAAUUUUAUGUUUAGCAAUUGUAGCAGCAGACAAAACACUCUUCCAGUGUUUGCUGUAUUGAUCAGUUAUUCUUUCAUAGUAAAUUAUUUCCUGCUCCUUUAGAAAGGCAAAGCCCAAAAUAUACAAUAUAUUAAAAUGUUGAUGUUUCAGAAAAAAUUGAUGUUUGGGUGAAAUAUGUUGCAUUUAUGCAUAAUGUUAGCAUAUUAGCAUUUUAGCCACAAAUCAGAAUAUCACCAGAACCAGUGUUCUGAUUUCAGCAGUUGUGAGUAAUGGAUUCAUAUUGUUACAGCUUUUAUGAAAAUAUCACGUUUAAUUAAAAAGAGUCUUCAGACCUAAUGCUGAGUCAUGUAGGUGGAGAUAAAAUUAUUUUUAAACUUUUCCUGUUUCUUUUUGUUUUUUUUUUUGUAUGCACCUGUAGGGUGUUGAGCAUGACAGUGUGCUUGUCGGACAGCCAGUUGCAUCUCUUCCUGCAAACACAGCUGCCAUUGGGACACAUUGAAGACUGCGUGCAGGGACUCACUCCCUAUACAGUGACAGAAGCCAUCCUGACAUACGCCUCCUCCAAUCGAGGCUGGGUUCAGGAGGAGGGCGGGACCUGGCAGGACAGCCUGCUUACAGUUUCUUAUGAGUCAGCAGACAGCCCCAUUCCUCAUGUGCCUUCAAUACAAGGACGUUGUAAGGCUGAGGUCCACAAAAACACAACUGGUGAAGUUGCCAGCUAUGAGGAAGAUGCUUAUAUGUCGGACCCCCCCAAGAUGAACAGACAUAAAGCCGUCUGCAGCAGCACCAACGCCGUUGGGUUUAUGGCCUCUGAAGCUGCCCCAGUGACCAAAAUAAGCAAUUGCAACGAUGUGAAUAGGGCUUGUGAAGCUGAGCACAUGAUGGAACCCUGUGGUCAAGAGAAUGAUGUCCAUCACACUAGUGAUAAAUACGACGUGGACGAUAUCUUGGAGCCCAAUGGCCGGGAGGAGACCAACACAACCGAUACCCAUAGCGAGACUGACAGCCAGUCAGAGAGCACUUAAUGGAGAGCUGUAUGUCAGGCUAUGUAUGUAUGACAUGUUUACCAGAAUGAGUAGAAGGAGGUCAGGUAAAAUGUGCAGUCAUGGAUGGUAAAGUAUAUCUGCUCUGAGUAUUGUACUGUGAUGUUCAUCAUGCUACAGAUUCUUGCUUCUUGUUCCGGCUCAGUUGCUCUGGUAGCAUUGCACACUGCUGUUGUAAUCAGGCCAUCUUGAGAGUUAGCCUCUUUGUGUGCAGAUGGUGUGUAAUUUCUUAGGUUCUUCUCAUUUCACUACUUUCUUCAUUCACACUGUCCAUAUAUUGUCAAGGGGUGGCAAAGUAGACCAGUUCUUUAUACUCUACACACAUUAGAAUUGCCGUUGGCAGGAGCAAAAAAGCAGCUCUAUUAUGGUGAUUCACAGUUGAGUUGAUAUAAGGGUGAUGACUUGAUAGGCAUCCAGUCGUGAAUGAGUUGCCAUGUUUUUUUCUUGAGAAAAUGUGUUAUACUAUUCUAGGCUUUUACUUUGCUCUACUGUGACUUAGCACACAUAAUGGUGGCGAAGGGACCUGUAUAUGGUUUGCUGUUUUUUCUCUACCUGUGUAAAAGUGUUUUUUUCAUAGGCUGUCUUAAGGAAAACAGCUGAUACCCAUUACGGCUGGGUGCUUUAAACAAAAAGCUAUAAUAUCUUUAAUUUGAAGCUAUUUCCAGGACCUUCUUGCUUUCUGCCUGUUGGCUUCAGAAAAUGAUCACACUGGUUAAUUUUUCUUGAUCAGUUGGACAUAUUUUUACCUUGCCCAUGCAGAGAACUUUAGUUUCUUUGCAUUUUAACACCAUAACUUUGAAAAUGUGAAUUAUUUUUUUCCUUCCCGAAGUUGUCUUGUCUGUGGACUGCUGGUCAGAGAUGUCUUUGACUGCUCUCCAAAGUGAGUCCAGGUUUCCCUUUAGAGUUGAUAGCAACAGAAUAUGAAAAGGGUGAAAUUUUGCUUCUUGUUUUUUAGGACACUACUCAGUUGAAGGGGUUGGACUUCAGCUUGAGCUUAUGUUUAAAAUCAUGCUGUUUGUAUGGGCAGGCUUGGUACAGACAUCUGUACUCAGUAUCUGGAUUGUAAUGUGUGUCUAGUGGUAGAACACUUGUAUGUUGGCUAAAAUGCUAACCCAGUUCACUGCUGUCAGUUUUCUCCUUCGCUGACAUGUCUGUCUCACUACUUUGACUUUGGUUGCAAAAGGGAAACGUCUAUAUGUGCCACUGUAGUCUUAGUAUUUGUCCAAAAUUUCUGAACUGAAGAGACAGGAUUUUUUGUUUUCACUAUCUGAACCCUUUUAGCGUGCGUUUUUAUCAUAUAGAGAGGUACUCAGAUAUGUUUGGCCACACCCAUUCUCACAAGAUGAAUUAUUAGUUGUGUGUUUCAUGUAGAAUUCCGAUUUUGGUUGUGGAAUUGAUUUUAAAGGGGUAUUUGAAUUAUUUAUAUUUUGUUAGCCAAAAUAGUUGCAUAACAGCACAUUUUAUUAAAUUGGUCUAAAUUCUGAGUCAACGACUUGAUGCCACAAUGUUGUAAUUUACUUUUUAAAAAUUUUAUCUUCAUGUACAAGGGCUUGCUAACUGCUCAGCAUUUGUCAGUUGUUAGGAAACUGGACUCACACUUUGCCCUGGCGUAUAAAAUGUAUUUCAGCAUUGGAUUCUGUAUGUUGCAUACCUUCAUUAGAGUUCUUUGGAACUACAGACUUCUGUGAAUUGUGAUGUACUACUUCGUGUGUCACCUGCUGGUGGAUAAUACAUGCUUUGCACAUAUGGUUGCCAAAGUGUAUUGCUGCAUUGGGAAAAGCUUACAGCCGGGUAUUGUAUGAAUAUAUUGUAACCUGGAAUCUGGACUUAUUUCCUGUUCCCAGAUUAGAAAGGAGGAAGACGGGGAAAAACAAACCAGCUACGUUUAGCUAUUUGCUCUUUUUGUGCCAUUUGUUUUCCCCCUCCCGAUUAUACUGCCUUAACAUGUUUUUAUAAGCGCAGAGGACUUCAGUUGCUUAGCAAGAAUGCAAACACCUGCUGUAACGUUCCGUGUCCAAGUCUGAAAGAAAAUAAAGCUCAGGUAAAGCCUCAUAAAUAUGAA